AUGAGUGAGACUAUAAGUAAUAUUAGUGCUGGAGGUGGAACGAAUGAUACAGAACUACCACUCUUCAGUUUAAGGAGUAUAUUAGCUGCUACUAACAACUUCUCCGAAGCUAAUAAACUGGGAGAGGGAGGAUUUGGCCCUGUUUAUAAGGUGACACUUCCACUUGGCUACAUGUCACAUGAGUACGCACUGUAUGGCCAUUUUUCGGAGAAUUUGGAUGUGUUUAGCUUUGGAGUGUUUCUUUUAGAGAUUGUAAGUGGAAAGAAGAAUGUUGCUUUUCAUUGUUUUCAAAAUUCACUGACUCUUGCUGGAUGGGCAUGGGAGUUAUGGAAAGACGGCAGAAGAAUGGAGGUGAUUCAUGAAUCAGUAAGGGAAACAUGCUCCCUUCGUGAAGCCCUGAGGUGUAUCCAAGUAGGGCUUUUGUGUGUUCAAGAAGCUCCCGCUGAUCGCCCAACAAUGUCUUCUGUAAUUCUUAUGCUGGCCAAUGAAGCUACAUCUCUUCCUCACCAAAGAACCUGCUUUUUCAACAAUUGGGAAUUCUAG